UGGGUCUCAGGGCUCCCCCUUCCAGCUGGGCCCGGUCUUCCAGGUUGGCAGGGGGCUGGAGAGGCUCUGAGUCAUGGACCCUGUUUCCCCAGCCCCUGCCCAUGGCUCUUGGAAGGUCCUCCUGAGCUUAGAGUGACUGACAGCUCAUUUUCACUUGCUCUCAAUGAGCUCAUGGGAUGAUUGCAUUUUAAAAGCAGUAGAGCCUGAAGACAGUGCUGUCUCCUCUUCCACAGUGGGUGGUUAAGAGGGCGUGGGGGGGAGUGCGUAGUAUCGUUAGGGGACCCUGAUCACUUAGGAAGGGCAGUCUCAUCUCCAGCCUGGGAGUCAGGUCAGAACCUCCCAGUCAGACAAGGGGUUGGGGUUUCCUGGACUCCUCCUUUGGCCCAGUGCCCGGCAGAUUUCCUGAAGCCUGACAGUGCAUUACAGAAGACCAAACUCCCAGGAGACCCACCCUCCCACUAAUGAGCACUAAUUAUACUUUCUCUUUCCUUGGUCCUCUCUCAGGAGAGCAGCUUCAGCUCAGUUAAUUACAGGCCAGGCCCGAAGAAGCUUGGGAAGUGGGAGGGACUGACAUGCUGAGCCCGGCUAAGCUGUGGGCACUCUGAUAGCCGGGGCCUCCCGAUCCUCCCCAGGUUAGAGGGACCCCUUGCUUUGCAAGCUGCAAGCUCCCACCGAGAGGGCAGAGCUGUUGGGUCUCAGCUCUUCUCGGCAGUUUGGGCUUCUGAAAGCUGCCGGGAGUUGGAAAACACUGGGUGAUUCCUUAUGUCACAACAAUUUUUGGUGGCCUGCGAGCAGGCAAGAUGGUCAUGCUCCAGGGAGCGGUCCCUCUAAAUGCACGCAGGUUCAUGGUGGACUUCCAGUGCGGCUGCAGCCUGCACCCCCGGCCAGACAUCGCCAUCCACUUCAACCCUCGCUUCCACACCACCAAACCCCACGUCAUCUGCAACACCCUGUACCGUGGGUGCUGGCAAGCCGAGGCCCGGUGGCCCCACGUGGCCCUGCAGAGAGGGGCCAGCUUCCUCAUCCUCUUUCUCUUUGGAAAUGAGGAGAUGAAGGUGAGUGUAAAUGGACAGCACUUCCUCCACUACCGCUACCGGCUCCCGCUCUCUCGGGUAGACACCCUGGGCAUAUUUGGCGACAUCUUGGUGACGGCUGUUGGAUUCCUGAACGCCAAUCCAUUCGUGGAGGGUGGCAGCGAGUAUCCGGUUGGACACCCUUUCCUGCUGAGGAGCCCGGGGCUGGAGGUGCCCUGCUCACAUGCCUUUCCCCAGGGUCUCUGGCCUGGACAGGUCAUCAUAGUGCGGGGACUGGUCUUACCGGAGCCCAAGGAUUUCACGCUCAGUCUGCGAGACGAGGCCGCCCACGUUCCCGUGACUCUCAGGGCGUCCUUUGCAGACAGAACUCUGGCCUGGGUCUCCCGCUGGGGCCGGAAGAAGCUGAUCUUGGCCCCCUUUCUCUUCUACCCCCAGCGAUUCUUCGAGGUGGGUCAGAGCCCAGACCCCUGGUCCCUCUGGGGUGGAGCGCAGAGCUGCACUCCCAUCCGGGAGAGUGGGGGUGCUGCUCCUGUGCCAGGAGGGAGGCCUGAAGCUGGCACUCAAUGGGCAGGGCGUCGGGGCCACCAGCCUGGGCCAGCAGGUCCUGGAGCAGCUACGGGAACUGCGGAUCAGUGGUAGUGUCCAGCUCUACUGUGUCCACUACUGAGGAGGGAGCCAGAGGGCCCAGCCAGAGAAGAGGACCUGCCUAUACCGAAGGCCCCACCAGCUGACCCCACUCUCCUCCCCUCAUUAAAAGUGUCACCACGAUGUCAGGCCUGGCUCACCUCCGGAACCAGGAGCCUGAGUCUGCAGAUGCUUUGGGCCCCACAGCAGAAGGUGGGCACAAGAACGUGAAGGCUCCAGAAACUCUGCAGCUCCCUCUUCUGAGAGCCUGGGAUUUGGCUCUGCUGUCCUUCAGGGGCCUCUAAAAGGAGGUAGAUACUCCAAAUGAAGCCUAACAAAGGUACUAAUGAAGGUACCCCAAAAUACAGCAGCUUUAAAAAUUGAGAUGUUUAUUUCCUUCUCACAUAAACAGAAAAUAGUUCAGGUCAGUGGGUAACUGCUCGCUGUGGACCUUCUGGGUCAUCCCACAAACCCCAGAGCAUCAGCAUCACCUGCAUGGCUGAGGCAUGGUCACCACUGUAUCUGGGUUUCAACCACUGAGAAGGCAAAUAGAGAAUAUGGACAAGGCCCACCUGAUGUCAUAAGCCCAGGCCUGGGAUUGGCACACACUAUUUGCACUCACAUCUCAUUGGCAAAUAGUUACAUGGCCACACUGUCUACAAGGGAGGCUGGAAGUGUUCUCUGUGAGAUGACCAUGUGCCUGGUCACAGGUCCACAACUGUGAUUCCUGGCAUAUUUGGUAUCGUUCAUAUGAUCUGAUUUUGUGUUUUCUACUUACUAUUGCUAUUUUGUCCUUAUGUUUUCAGCUUUCAUACUUACUAUUGGAUUGAUGAAGUCUCCUUUAUCACUCUCCCAUUUUUUUCUUAAGCUAAUUUGAAAGUUAUGAAUUCCAUUUUAUAUACUUCUAGUGGUUAUCCAUACUUUUUAUUUUAUUUUUUAAUUAACAUGUAAAAUUGACUUUCCAGGAUGGGUAAAAUUCUAGAUUUGUGUGAUGACCACCAAUACAAUCAGGAUAUAUAACUCUGUCAUUCCAAAAAAUUCCUUGGUGUCACUUCUGUGUAAUCAUACCUCUCCACCCCCUCCCUUCAGUUCAGUUCAGUUCAGUUCAGUCGCUCAGUCGUGUCCGACUCUUUGCGACCCCAUGAAUCGCAGCACGCCACGCCUCCCUGUCCAUCACCAGCUCCCAGAGUUUACAUCAAACUCA